GCUCGCGGGCUCGGGCGCUCGCCGACCUGCGGGCGGGCGGCUGCCGGGCGUGGGGCCGGCGCCCGCGGCGAUGGGAAAUCUGUUUAUCACAGCUGACUCCAGAAGAGAGAACCUAACAGACCAAUAACAAUGGAAGAAAUUGAGAAAGUUAUCAAAAAACUACCAUCUCCCGAAACACCAGGCCCAGAUGGUGUUACAGAAGCCCAACUCCAAGGAAUCUGGCCUCUCUCGGUCGAGCAUACAGUGGAACAGAUUUUCAGAACACCAGGGGACAGUUUUUACUGUGCCUUUAUUUGCCAUCCAGGAUGGUGCUAAGCAGCAUUCAGAUGCGAGUCCCACUGUGUCCAGCCCUCAGCACAGCAUGGCUUGAUGAGCCGUCCGUAGGUCUGCGCCCAGGAUCCGAAACUGCAAACCCCAGGCCACCGAAGCGGAGCGCGAAAACUUAACUGCUACGCCACUGGGCCGGCCCGCAAUACUGCUUUAUUUGUACUGUCUACAUGAUAUCCUUUCAGGUUAGAAAAACUCCUUCAUGAAGAAGGAAGAUCUUAAGCAACAUGGUGGAUUCAGAAGCUCAUGGGAAGAGGCCGCCACUCCUGGCGCCUUCACAGCAGGACGCGCCAGCUGGCGCUGCAAAGGUUGGCGAGGCGAAGCAUUACUUGUGUGGCUGCUGUGCGGCCUUCAACAACGUCGCCGUCACCUUUCCCAUUCAGAAGGCCCUCUUUCGGCAACAGCUGUACGGAAUCAGAACGCGGGACGCAGUCCUGCAGCUGAGGAGGGAUGGGUUUCGAAACCUGUAUCGCGGAAUCCUUCCCCCCUUAAUGCAGAAGACAACCACGCUGGCGCUUAUGUUUGGUCUGUAUGAGGAUCUGUCUUGCCUUCUCCGUAAGCAUGUCAGCACCCCAGAGCUUGCAACCCGCAGCAUGGCAGCACUGCUGGCAGGGACAACAGAAGCGGUUUUCACUCCACUGGAAAGAGUUCAAACAUUGCUUCAGGACCACAAGCAUCAUGACAAAUUUACAAACACCUAUCAUGCUUUCAAGGCACUGAGAUGCCACGGAAUGAGAGAGUAUUAUCGAGGCUUGGUGCCCAUCCUGUUCCGUAAUGGAUUCAGCAAUGUCCUUUUUUUUGGCCUUCGAGGGCCCAUCAAGGAGCACCUGCCGACUGCCACGACUCACAGUGCUCACUUGGUCAAUGAUUUUAUCUGUGGAGGUCUGUUGGGUGCCGUGUUGGGGAUCUUGUUUUUCCCAGUUAAUGUUGUAAAAACUCGCAUGCAGUCUCAGAUUGGUGGGGAAUUCCAGUCUUUCCCCAAAGUUUUCCAAAAAAUCUGGCUAGAACGGGACAGGAAACUGACGAAUCUUUUCAGAGGUGCCCAUCUGAAUUACCAUCGGUCCCUCAUCUCUUGGGGCAUAAUCAAUGCGACUUACGAGUUCUUGUUAAAGAUUAUAUGAACGAAGUCACUUAAGUGCCAUUUAUCAACUGAAUAGACCUAAGAAGAGUGCAGUUUGGCCUCAUUCCUAAUUGGCCGAUACAAGUUGGUGUCAUAAGUCCAGGGCACGGUGAAUUAUGGGCAAAGCUGUUUUCCUUAAGCCCCAACAAAUUCGGAAUAAAAGGUUUCAGUAGGAAAAUUUGAGGAAUUUUGUUUUUUGUUUUUUUUUAUUGUUAUCUGAGAACUUUAGGCUAAUUGCUUGGUUAAUAGCUGUCUAUCUGAUGGCUUUUGACAAGGAAACUAAUAGCCAAGAUACCGUUUUUUCUGUAAAAGUCUUUAAACCUUCUGGAUUGAAACGUAAGGGCCAUGAGCAGCCAGACAAAAGGCUGUCAGGGCCCCGUGAAUUCUCAGGCUGACUUCUGUUACUCCAUCUCUGGCUUCUCUGCUCUUAGGUGGAGAUGCAAAGGGUAGACUUUGUUAGACUUAUACAUGGUAGGACAACGGAGGAGAACAGAGAAGAAAAACAGCUUAUUAGAUGUAGGCUUUUCAUGAUAAAUUGCUUGUUUUAGUUUUGAAACUAAGCAGCUGUUGGGAUUGUCAUCUAAACUAUUUGUUUAGACGUGGUCGACUCAAGCAGCGAGUGAAAGCUCCCAGUUUGCUUUCUAGGCUUGAAAGUUUUCUGUUUAGUUCUGAAUGGGACCUGCAACCCUUCCAAAAUAUCCUUCCAUUAAUUUCACUUAUUUCAUUGCCAAAAGAUGAGGAAAGUUAAAUUUUGUUAUAGGCAUUUCAGCCUGUUAUGUUUCAUAUUAAUUGCAUGUAGAUCAAAUUUGGUUUAGCUCCAUUUCUUUGACUUAUUGUUGCCAACUUCUUGAAGAGCUUUGGGGUUGUUUUAUUUGAGUAGUAGUUUGUCAUAUUCAGAUAUCUUGUUCUCUUGAAACUCUGCUUUUAAACAACUACUUUCAUAAAAUUUUAUUUUGGAAGUCU